CUUUUUUUUUGCCCUAGCCGGACUUUUUGGGAACUAACUAGACUAGAUAUGUGCUUGUUUAAGGUCAGCACUAGAUAUUGAGCACCUUUGUGAUUAUGCCUUCAGGACCUGGGGGUUUUUGAUCAGUUCUCUUAGCGAAGAGGAGAUCGAACCUCUCAUUGACCAAACCUUCUCGAUUAUCAUCAAGUACUGGAGACAUUUCACCUCGGAGAGCAGGGAAUUCGCAUAUAAGCUUGCCAAGGAUAUAUUCAAAGAUCACGGUCGGCUUGUGCAAGAAAUUUUCAACACUAUGCCUUCAUUAGUUUCAGUCCCAGCGUUGGCCGAAUUCGAGGCCGUGUUAAGUGAACUGAAGGGCCAUAUGGAUGUGCGCAGUCACUUUCAAGCUUUCAUCCGUCGUUGUCAAAAUGAGAAUGCUAUUGUUGUUGAACAGGCCUUGACGGAACUAGAGCCCUAUCUGUCAGAGCACGAGGACUUCCUCCAUUCAUGCGUUCUCAGUGAGCAGCCAGAUCCCGUUGUCGCUCAUUUGACACGUUCUUUACUUGACUGUUGUGUGAAGUUCAACACAAGUUCCGGUGCCAUUACUCUUCUAUCUACGCGUUGCUUAGGUUUAAUUGGCUGUUUGGAUCCAAACCGCGUGGACAGCGUCAAAGAAAAGAUGGGCAUACUCGUGCUGUCUAAUUUCGAGAGGAUGGACGAAACGCUCGGUUUCGUAUUGUUCUUCCUUCAACAUGUGCUGGUUGACGCAUUCUUAUCGGCAUCCAAUACUAGAGCUCAAGGAUUUCUUGCAUACGCGAUGCAGGCUCUACUUAAAAUUUGCAGGUUAGAUUCCACUGUCACUCUCCGUCCUCACGAUAUUCAAGUGGAUGAGCGGUAUCACCGAUGGCUGGAGCUUCCUGAGACGGUUCGCAACACCCUAACACCUUUUCUCACAUCGAAGUAUACAGUCACUGUGGGUGCAAUUGGUCCAGGGUGCGAAUAUCCACUGUUCCGAGCCAACUUGACUUAUGGUGAUUGGCUUCGGACAUUCGUACAGGAUCUGCUACAGCGCGGGGUCGGUAGCAAUGAGAAUGUGCAGCUUGUAUUCAGCGCAUGCAGUCGGAUUGUUAAGGGUCAGGAUAUCUCUAUUGCAUCAUUUUUGCUGCCAUUCGCAGUUCUUAACUGCACCAUUGGGGGAAGUGAGAAGGAAAGGCGAGAUGUAAAAGAGGAACUGACCAAUAUUCUCUCUUAUCCUCUUCCUGAUGGAAGCAGUCAAAUUAGGGAAUCUAUAAUUCUCUGUAGUCAGAGUGUCUUCGAAGUUCUGGACUAUCUAUCGCGGUGGUUGCAAGGUAAGAAGAAACAGCUCAAUAAUCUAGUGGCACAUAGCUCCCACACGGGCCGCGUGCACAAGGAAGCCCCCGGAGAUUUUCUCAUUGAGACAUACGGCUCUCAAAUUAAAUCUGUUGAGGCGCUUCUGUCUUCAAUACCUCCGGAAGUAAUCUCCAGGAGAGCUGUCGAAUGCAAGUCGUUCUCAAGGGCGUUGUUUCAUUGGGAACAGUAUAUUCGACUGUUUAAAAAUGGGCCGGGCGAAAAGGACAGUACCAAGCUUGAAUCCCUUUAUCGGCGUCUCCAGGAUAUAUACAGUCAAAUAGACGAGCCAGACGGCAUCGAGGGUAUCUCCACGCAUUUGCAAGUCCUCAACAUUGACCAACAAGUUCUUGAGCAUCGAAGGGCAGGAAGAUGGGCAACUGCUCAAAGCUGGUAUGAAUUACAACUGGAAAAAGAGCCGAGUAAUACCGACGCCCAGUGGAAUCUCCUGACAUGUCUCAAGGAAUCUGGCCAACAAGAUGCCAUUGUCACUCGAUUUGAGGCGCUCAAGGAGGCUGGAUCUGCGGUGUCCAGGCUUCUACCUUUUACUGUGGAGGCUUCCUGGAUAAUGGGGAAAUGGGAUAAGCUAGACAGCUAUAUUCGAUUAUGCAUGGAUAACAAUGCUGAUGACUUCAACAUUGGGAUCGGGCAAGCUCUCAAUGCUCUUCGUCGAGGGGAUAGAGCAGUAUUUAAUGACGUUAUUAACGGUCUACGACUCGGAGUUGCAAAGUCUCUAACCGUUAAUUCCGUAUCGUCAUUGCAGUCAUGCCAUGUGAGCAUGCUUAAACUCCACGCAUUAACCGAAGUGGAAUUGAUAGCCGAUACUGAGAAUAGAUCUGACACUACUCACUCAGAUGUCUGUCGCACCUUGGACCGCCGUUUAGAUAUUCUCGGCGGUUAUCUUGCAGACAAGCAAUAUCUUCUUGGAUUAAGAAGGGCCUCGAUGGAGUUAUCAAGGGGGUUUGAUAAUUCUGACAUCGCUGCUGCUUGGCUUACGAGUGCCCGUCUUUCCAGGAAAGGCAAUUUCACCAGUCAAGCUUAUCAUUCGAUGCUCCACGCAACGCAACUGAAAGAUAGAUCAGCUACUAUUGAGCAUGCGCGACUCCUGUGGAAAGACGGCCAUCAUCGGAAGGCAAUCCAAAUCUUAGAAGGUGCAAUUGCUGCUAAUGAAUUUAUGCCCAGUGCUCCUUCGUUGACUGAUGGAACCUCGACAUCAUUAGCGUCAAACCAGGAGCAGCAUCAUAAUAUGCUUGCCGCAAGAGCACAUUUAUUGCUAGCGAAGUGGACUGACAGGGCCGGACAAACACAAUCCGAUGUUAUAGUUCAGCGAUACCGGGAGGCUAUUAGGCUCUACACGAGAUGGGAAAAGGCACACUAUUACCUAGGCAAACAUUACAACAAGAUCUUGGACUCUGAGAAGGCCAAACCUUUGGGCAAGGAGGCGCAGAUAUACCUGAGUGGUGAAGCUUCAAAGCUCGUCAUUGACAACUACCUCCGUUCAUUAGCGCAUGGAAACAAAUAUGUUUUCCAGACUCUGCCGAAAAUCUUGACCCUCUGGCUAGCACAUGCCUCUACUGUUGAUCAGCCUUUUGAUCCAAAGAGAGGGGAUAAUACGGAAUUUCAAAAGCACAGUAUAAGUCAACGAAAGAAGAGCCUGGACGACAUGCAUUUGCAAUUGAAGAAGUACUUGAACCGGAUGCCGGCUGCGUUGCUAUUCACUAUACUUCCUCAAGUUGUUGCCAGACUUGGCCAUUCUAACAGUGCAGUCUAUGACUUGUUAACAAAGAUUGUGGCUAAGGCAGUCAAUGCCUUCCCUCAGCAAGGGUUGUGGACAGUCAUUGCUGUAGUUAAAUCUUCUUCUAAAGACCGAUCCUCAAGAGGCAUCAACUGCCUACGCAAGAUCACAGAAACGACAAAGAGAUUGAAUGCCGAGUUUUCAGUGGCGGAUAUGCGUGCAAUGAUAAACCAAGGUCAAAAGUUUUCGGAGGAAAUGCUUAAGCUAUGUGUCGCGCGUGUCGAAGAUAAAGUGUCUAGAAUAAGUCUGGCUCGGAGCCUAGGCUUUAAUCACAGGGUUGCGCCUUGCCGGCUGGUGGUGCCCUUCCAGGCAAUGUUGACACCGAGUCUACCUGCCAGUCAUGAUUCCGAGUACUUGAAGAGCUUCAGGGCCUUUCCCCGAGAUCCUACUAUCAUAGAGGGUGUUCUUGAUAAUGCCCAGGUCUUGAAUUCACUUCAAAAACCACGCAAAGUCAGCCUUCGAGGAUCCGAUGGGAAGAUCUACAAUAUCCUUUGCAAGCCGAAAGAUGAUCUUCGUGUAGAUCAACGACUCAUGGAGUUCAAUAAUAUGAUCAAUAGAUUCCUGAAAAGGGACGUAGAGUCAAGCAAGCGGCGCAUGUACAUAAAAACCUAUGCUGUGACACCUUUGAAUGAGGAAUGUGGAAUCAUUGAAUGGGUUGAUAAUCUCAGGACAUUGAGAGAGCUUGUCGUCAAACUACUGCGUGAGAGAGGCAUAAUGCCUAAUUAUAAUGAAAUUAGACAUUACCUUAAUGAGGCAUGCUCAGAUAUGUCAAAACUGUCCCUAUUCACCACAAAAAUUUUGGCAAAGUUUCCUCCGGUUUUACACGAGUGGUUCAUUGAAAUGUUCCCAGAUACCGGAGCAUGGUUUGCUGCAAGACUCAGAUACACACGAUCUUGCGCUGUCAUGUCAAUGGUUGGAUAUGUUCUAGGGCUAGGGGACCGGCAUGGCGAGAAUAUCCUUUUCGAGGAAGGCACUGGUGGUAUUUUACAUGUUGACUUCAACUGUCUCUUUGACAAGGGUCUAACAUUCGACAAACCUGAACUUGUCCCCUUUCGCCUCACACACAACAUGGUAGAUGCUUUCGGGGCUUAUGGAUAUAAUGGCCCGUUUCGAAGAACUUGCGAAAUUAGUCUUAAUCUUCUUCGGCUGAAUGAGGAUGCCUUGAUGACCAUCCUAGAGACGUUUUUGCACGACCCAACUACAGAUUUCAUAGGGAAGAAGCGUCGCGCGCACCCAAAUGUUCCAGACACACCUUCAGGUGUCUUGGAGUCAGUCCGAAACAAACUUCGCGGGCUUCUACCGGGCGAAUCCGUGCCACUUUCGGUCGACGGCCAUGUGGAUGAACUAAUAAUGCAGGCAACUGAUACGAGGAACCUGGCAGCAAUGUAUAUCGGAUGGUGUGCAUAUUUCUGACUAGUAGGUUGAAACGUUUCAUGAAAGCUUAUUAUAUUAAACCGAAAU